UCGUACUGCCAUUUCCAUCUGCAGCGAAAGGGUCGCAGAGUAAAGAAGAACUUAAAGAAAUUCAGCUAUGUGAAGUUGAUUUCCAUGGAAACCCCGUCAUCUUCUGAUGACAGUUGUGACAGCUUUGCCUCUGAUAAUUUUGCAAACACGAAACCUAAAUUCAGGUCAGAUAUCAGUGAAGAACUGGCAAAUGUUUUUUAUGAGGACUCUGAUAAUGAAUCUUUCUGCGGCUUUUCAGAAAGUGAGGUGCAAGAUGUAUUAGACCAUUGUGGAUUUUUACAGAAACCAAGGCCAGAUGUCACUAACGAACUGGCCAGUAUUUUUCACGCCGACUCUGACGAUGAAUCGUUUUGCGGUUUCUCAGAGAGUGAGAUACAAGAUGGAAUGAGAUUACAGUCAGACCAUGCAGGCUGUAGGACCCGCAGUCAGUGCAGACGUUCCGGACCUCUCCGGGUGGCCAUGAAUUUUCCAGCUCGAAAUACCAGGGGAGCAGCCAGCAAAAGAGCAGCAGCUCCUGAACCCCUGGAGAAAUCUGUGACUGAUUCCAAUCCUGAUUCAGAAGAUGAAAAUGGCAUGAAUUUUUUGGAGAAAAGGGCUUUAAAUAUAAAGCAAAACAAAGCAAUGCUUGCAAAACUUAUGUCGGAAUUAGAAAGUUUCCCUGGCUCAUUCCCUAGACGGCAUUCCCUCCGAGGUCCCAGUUCACAAUCAAAGACACCCCGAAGGCGUACAUUCCCAGGAGUUACUUCUAGGAGAAACCCCGAUCGGAGAGCCCGUCCUCUUACCAGGUCAAGGUCCCGUAUCCUUGGGUCACUUGGGGCUCUGGCCCCAGAGGAAGAGGAGGAGGAGGAGGAGGGGGAGGAUAAGUACAUGUUGGUGAGGAAGAGGAAGACCAUGGACGGCUACAUGAACGAAGAUGACAUGCGCAGAGGUCGUCGCCCAGGAUCCAUGACCCUUCCUCAUGUAAUUCGCCCGGUGGACGAAAUUACAGAGGAUGAAUUGGAGAACAUCUGCAACAAUUCUCGAGAGAAGAUAUAUAGCCGUUCAUUGGGGUCUACUUGUCAUCAGUGCCGCCAGAAAACCAUUGAUACCAAAACAAACUGCAGAAACCCAGAGUGCUGGGGUGUUCGAGGCCAGUUCUGCGGCCCCUGCCUUCGAAACCGUUACGGCGAAGAGGUCAAGGAUGCCCUGUUGGAUCCUAACUGGCAUUGCCCACCUUGUCGAAGAAUCUGCAAUUGUAGUUUCUGUCGUCAGCGAGAUGGGCGGUGUGCGACUGGGGUCCUUGUGUACUUAGCUAAAUACCACGGCUUUGGGAAUGUGCACGCUUACUUGAAAAGCCUGAAGCAUGAGUUUGAGAUGCAAGAAUAAUAUUUGGAAGAUCCACUGCCUGCCUUCCACUGCACCAGUCUUCCUUGUUAAAAUUUUCCAUUUUGUCAUGUGGUUGAACCCCAAGUUAAGAAUUCUGAUGAUCAGUUUGUUUUAUAGGAAACACAAAUCAAGUUACUCUCAUUAGACAUGUUUCCAAGCGUUGCAGAGGCAUAUCGGUAGCUGUGCUUUGCCCUCUUGCCAUUUGUUUGCUUUUCCCUGCCCCUCACCCCACACCAUCCCCCUCUAUUUACGGUGGGUCUCCCUCACCAUCUAGUUUCUGAAUUCUUUUAAAAUGACAGUUUUCUGAAAGCAUGUUUGAUUUAAUUGGUGUUGAAAUAGCCCUGGAAUCCACCUAUAAAAUCAAGCACUUAGAAACACAGUAGUGGUGUUAAUUGACUAUAUCUAUUGAGACCAGCCCUCUAACUUGUUUACACAAAAUCAAUGGGUAUGAUUGUCACACUAGUUGACAUUUUUAACAGAAUCAAGGCACAAAAGUUGUAAAACCAUGUGGAGGAAUGAGGUAAUUGUUGGGAAGUGGGGUAUGUUACUUUGGACUCCUCUAAUGAGAAUAUUCCAUGUAUUGUGCUUAUUAUAUAAGUUGUCACCGCUGAGAUUUAGUUGCUGAUAUUCUCCCCUGUGAAUCUGGGUGGUGCAUCAGGCUCACUGUCACAACCGAAGGGUUUGUGGGCAGUGCUAUAUUUGCAGUCAUUGUAGAAAAGACAUCCUAGAAAAUUAAGAUGAGGGAGGCUUCAGAAAUAGGCUGGUUUGAGUUUAUUAUAUAAAACUCCUUAAGUAUAAUGGUAGUUUGCCAGGUUUAUUUCAGUUCACAAAUGUAAGGUUAUUUCAAAUUCUUGAUAAUUUUGCAUGGAAAAUCGAUACUGAUAUUAGCCUAUGAUUUUCAGUUUUUGUUUUCUUGAAAUAAGCUAGGCACAAGGUUCGUGUUCAGGUUUUAAGCACUUUUAGAACAAUGAGAAGUGCCUUUUUGGAGGUGGAUGGCUUUGCAGUUUGUUACCUUGACAUCUCUGCCAGUUCAGUUUCUGGGCAGCUUUGAUGUUGUCUUCCCCUCCCCCAUUUUUACAUUAAUCAGUCCUUUGGUAAAGGUGAAAUCUAAGUGUCCAUUUUACUUUGCAUGUGCAGCCUGUUGCUGUGCCCAUUCAGUGUUUGAUGCAUAAGUGAACCUUGAAUCAGUAAAUGUAAAUAGAACUUACCAUCUGUAAUGCUUUUAUAUAAAGUCUUUAUUUUGAUAAUAAAACAUUUUGUUCUA